ACAAGGAAAGGUCUUGCUGAGACUCAUCCAAAGGAAAUCCCGGAGGAGAACGCUGAGCCCUUAUUUCACAGUGAAGUGGCAAGAGCGGGAAGGAUUUGUAACACAAACGAAUAUCGACCAUUGACCAACAGAGGCAGAAGGAUUCUCCCAACUACUACCGCAGCCCCCACGAUGAGAAUCUGGCUCCUCCCCUGGCCGCUUCAUCUCCUACUGCUGUUCUCUGGCCUGCAGACCCCCACCUGGAGUUCUGAGGUUGCAGUUAACAUUGACUUUGACUUGGCACCAGAUUCUUUUGAUGAUCAGUACCAAGGCUGUAGCCCACAGGUCAUGGAGAAGCUAAGCCAAGGGGAUUAUUUCACAAAAGAAAUAGAAGCACAUAGAGAUUACCACGGGGUCUGGAAGAAAGCCCACUUAACCUGGCUGAACAGAGCCAAAGAUCUCCCCAAGAACAUGAAUAUUACACAUGCUCUGGCCAUCUUGGUUUAUACAUCAAACAACAGUGUUCACACAAGCUUCACCAGAGCCAUGGCCAAUGCUGGGAGGUCUCCACAGCAUUAUGAACAUUCAUUCCAUUUCAAGUACUUACACUACUACCUGACCUCAGCGAUCCAGCUGCUAAGGAAAGAAAUGGUCAUGAAGAAUGACUCUCUGUGUUUUGAGGUGUAUCAUAAGAUGAAGAAUAUCAAUUUGGAAGCCUACAGUGGUGCCACCAUCCGAUUUGGCCAAUUCCUCUCCACCUCUCUCCUAAAAGAAGAGGCACAGAACUUUGGGAACCAAACUUUAUUUACCAUAUUUACCUGCCUGGGCGUACCUAUACCAGAAGACUCUCACAAGAAGGAGGUCCUGGUCCCUCCCUAUGAGUUGUUCAAAGUUGUAAAUAUGAGCCAUCAUCCAAGAGGAAAUUGGUUGCAGUUGCGAUCCACUGGGAACGUGAGCACAUACAACUGUCAGCUGCUAAAAGGGUGGGCAGAAGUCAUUGGAGUGGACAGAUCAGUGGUGCUUGGUGGUAAGAUGUCUGUGAGAGGCACUGUCAGUGAUGAUCAGCCUCAGAGGAGCCAUGAGCAUCUGAAAACCACCCGCUGCUACUGAAGAAGCAUGGCCCAUCCUAGCUGCCAUUCCCAUUGAUGUGUG